CGGACCCGCCGACGGUGUUGUGCCCCCCCCCCACCGCUUCACUACCGGUCACUUCAUAUUCUGUACACCCGUGGCCGCCGAUCGCGGUGACAAACGCAGCGGCAGUAACGUUCGCGCGCGCAUCCAGGCGAAAUAUGAACAGUGAAAAUGUGGUGUUUAGUGAGCCAACCGAACGCAGUCGUUAUAGAAGUCAGGCUCGACCAUAAGGCAAAAGGUCUGGAGUGCCUGGAGAAGGUAUGUGAAUGUUUGGGCAUCAACAAAGAAUGUGAUUACUUCGGAUUACAGUACAAAACUGUCAAAGGGCAAGAUGUUUGGUUGAAUCUAAGAAAUUUGAUUGAACAUCAAGUUGCUGGAGUUCAUCCGUAUCGUUUUGCACUCAGAGUCAAAUUUUGGGUACCACCGCAUUUAUUAUUACAAGAAUCUACUCGCCACCAGUUUUAUUUGCAUGCCAAGUUAGAGCUUUGUGAAGGGCGUUUAAGACCGACAGAUAGCCAAGCAAUAUGUAAAACUAUUGCAUUAUUGGCACAGGCUGAAUUCGGCGAUUGCGAUGACUCGGUUGCUCUUGUGCAGUUUUUCGCAUAUUGGUGUGAACAUUUGGGUGCACCCAAAGAUGAUGAUGAGUUUAUCAUUGAUCAUAUUCAAAAUCUUCAGUCUGAAAUGAAAGGUAUGAAACAAACAACUGCUGAAUAUUGGUUGAUCAAAGAAGUCUCUGGUCUUCAAAACUUUGGUGAAGAGGUAUUUGAAGGCAGAACAACAAAUGGUUCUUCAGUAUUGGUGGGAGUUGGACCACAUGGUAUUAGUCUGGAGCACCCAGAUCAAGCUGAUCAUGAAAAACAAAUGAUUCCUUAUACUGCGAUCCGCAGUGCUGCCAGCCAUCGUCGUGUAUUUGAGAUGUGGUAUUUGGCAGGUGUCGAACAUUCCGAAACAUUAAUUGUAUUGAAAUUAGAAUCUAGUUUGGGUGCAAAUACUCUUUAUAGAGCACUUACGGAGAAACAUGCAUUCUAUAGUUGUGAAACAGUGAGAGGCGCUGUUACAUCACAAUAUAUCAGGGAUCUCAAGGGUACAAUUAUAUCUAUAUUUAAUGAAGAUUCACCAUUAGGGAAGAAAUACGUGUUUGAUAUACAGAGGACCUGUCGUGAAGUGCAUGACAAUGCACGUCGUGCACUUUAUGAAAAGCAAAACAAAGUCACACCAUCCAGCUCUACAGUGGUACUGACUUCGCCUGAACCUGAGCCAACUACUUCACAGGAUAGCUACAAACUGGCUAAGCUCAUUGAUGCGCUUACGUGUAGAAUUUGCAUGGAUGCCACUAUUGAUCAUGUAUUUUUCCCAUGUGGUCAUGUUAUUGCAUGUGGAACAUGUGUUAAACGAUGUGAAACUUGCCCACUGUGUCGAGGUGCCAUUGAUGAAUCUAGGCAUGUGUUUAUUCCGACUUUAGCUGACUUGCCAGGUCUUCAUCAUUAAUGAUGUAACCAAGUAAAGUAUGUUCAAGUCAUGAUGACUCAUAGUGGGCACACUGUCAUCAAAAUUGACCUCGAAGCAUGAAUGUCUGUGAUAAUGCUAAUAUAUCAAAACUUCCUAUACUUUCAUACUUAUUUAUUUUUGUUAAAUAAACAUUUUUUUAUAGUAUUGAUGUGAACAAUGUAUAGGAUAUUUCAUUUACAUGUUGUUUAUAAUUCAUUUAGUUUAAGGUAAUAUAUUUUUAAGUAUAAUUUUUAUACAAACUCAUAAGUAAAUUAAGUUUUUGUGUUACCAUUAAACUAUUAAUUUGUAUAAGUCAGAUAAAUGACACAAUUGUUUAUUAAUACAAAACGUUAAAAUUGAAGUUUAAGUACAAUUCACAUUAUGAGUACCUAUAUAAUAUUAUAAAGUUGAAUUUUUCUUUAUUGUUUUUGUUCAAAAUAUUAUUUUACUUUCAUUUAUUCUAUCAUUAUUAUCAUUGUGUUAUGAUUCAUAACUUAUGAAAUAUAUAAAAUUAUGCAAAUUUAUGCAUAUGAA